AUGUCGAUACAAGAAGAAGGUGAAGAUAAUUGGAUAGCUGCAUUGGACAAUCUGUGUUCUCAGUUAAAUGUAGACCCAGAUGCAGCAAAGAAAUCGAAGGAAUCAUUUUUAGAAAUCAAACGCAACUAUACUUUAGAUGGUGAUAUCCAGCAUUGGAUGGCUUGUGCUUUAUAUGUGGCAUGUCGGACGUCAAUUACACCAACAGUACAGUCAGGCAAGGUUGUAGAAGGCAACUGCGUCAGUCUUACUCGUCUCCUUAGGCUCUGCAAUAUAAGUCUUAUUCAAUUUUUUAAUAAAAUUAAAAACUGGAUGGAAAUGGCAUUAAUGUCAACGGAUUUUAAAGAUAGAAUUACACGCUUAGAGCAUAAGUUUGCAGUUUCAACUGUUCUCUUCCGAAAAUUCCAACCUAUUUUUCAAGAAAUAUUUUCUGGUUUAACUAAUGAACCACUGAAGUGCAAUACAAAAAGCAAAAAACACAAAUUACAACCAUGUACAACAAAUGCACUGUUUGAAUUUACAUGGUGUCUAUAUGUGUGUGUUAAAGGGGAAUUUCACAAUUCUGCUGAUGACCUGGUAGACAUGUAUCAUGUAUUAUUGUCGUGUUUAGACUUUGUGUUUGCAAAUGCUUUCAUGUCUAGACGCAUUGACUUAAUAAACCCUGCUUUUAAAGGAUUACCUCCCAACUGGCUAGCAGAUGACUUUGAAUUGCCUAAGAAGGCUCCAUGCAUUAUAUCUGUACUAUGUGAAAUCAAAGAAGGAUUAUCAGUUGAAGCAGCAACAAUGAAAGAAUACAGCUGGAGGCCUGUUAUUAAAUCAUUUUUUGACAAAGGAAUUUUAAAAGGAAAUUCUGAUCAACUGACUGGUUUAUUGGACAUUGGAAAUUUCGAUGUGAAUCUGAAAUCAUUAAAUAAUCUUUAUGAGACUUAUGUCCUUAGUGUUGGUGAAUUUGAUGAGAGGAUAUUUUUAGGAGAACAUGCUAAUGAGCAAAUUGGAACCAAAAAAGUUUCUGGUGAUGAGAUCACACAAGUUAUAGCUAGUUUUGGACCAAGCGGCCGUGCCUGCCCGGACACUCCUCUAACGGGGCGAUGUUACCUUGCGGGGCGGGAAGAACUUACACCUGUAUCCGAAGCUACGAAUAGUCUAGCGCGCUUAGCGUCGUAUUUGCGAAACGCCAAGCCGUAUCCGUCUGCCCCUUUAAUGAGGCUCUUUGCUGAAUGUGGUGUCAAUGAGGAAACAAUAAACACAAAUGUAAUUAAACCCUGUAAAAGUUGGAUGGAGCAGUUUUCAAACAGUCUAAAGGAGUGCAAAUGUAGCAACGAAACGAUAACAUUCCGCUGUAAUAUGGUGACAUGCCUUUAUUACAAAGUGUUUGAACAUAUUAUUAGGGAGGAACACAGGAAAAAGCCACAAGUGUCUUUACAGAUUCUUCUAUCACAAGAAAUGUAUCAGUUGACAGUAUAUGCUUGUUGUACAGAGGUAGUUUUACAUGCAUAUGGAGUGCAUUCCUUGCGUUUUCCGCGAGUGUUACAGAUAUAUGGACUUAGUGCAUUUCACUUUUACAAGAUCAUAGAACUUGUUGUGCAAGCACUUGUGGAUAAAUUGAGUCGGGAUGUUAUUAAGCAUCUUAAUGCUGUAGAAGAAGAAGUGUUGGAAUCACUGGUGUGGACGUCUGACAGUCCCCUCUGGGACCAACUCAGCAAAACACCGGUACCUGCCUCCACUGAAGUAUAUGUACAGGAAUCUCCACAUUUUCGUCGUAAUAUAGGUGGAAUGCAAUCGCCUGUUUCAGCUGUGAUAGACCGUUAUCUCGCGCCAAUAGCAGACCAAGCAAAAAAGCAGCUCUUCAAAGACAACAUCAAGCCCGGCCAGUCAUUACUAGUACAAACAAAUAAUGUCACAAUAAAGCAAGACCCUGCAUCUAGUCCUCCGCAAAGCACGUCAAAUGGAGAGACGACUCCAAAUUCGACGCCCAAGAAAGCACACAACUCCUUAAUAUUAUUCUUCAGAAAGUUUUACAGCUUGGCAGUUGUGCGUAUGAUUGACUUGUGCACAAGACUGAGGCUCACCGACGAGGAGUUGAAACGAAAAAUCUGGACCUGUCUGGAGUACUCCAUCAUACACCAGACUCAACUCAUGAAAGACCGACAUCUAGAUCAGAUACUCAUGUGUGCAGUUUAUGUUAUCUGUAAGGUAUCAAAUAGUGCAAACAAUCAAGUUGAGAGAACAUUUGCGGACAUCAUGAAAUGCUAUAGGCAGCGACCUUUAGCCGACAAUCAUGUAUAUAGAUCAGUUUUAAUUAAACCAAGUACAGGAGAGAAUUCACCAGAGAGAGGAGAUUUAAUCAACUUUUAUAAUAAAGUGUAUGUACAGUGUAUGCAGAAUUUUGCUCUAAGGUUUACUGGAAAACAUAGAGAUGAGUGCAGCCUGUCGCCGCUGCCGGCGGGGCGCGGCGACGCAGCCUACUCACCGGCCGGCCAGCGCGUGUCAGAGCGCCACCAGCUGUACGUGAAGCCGCUCACAACGCCGCCGCCCACACAUCACCACCUCACCUACCGCUUCAGCGCAGCCCCGUACGUGAAGCCGCUCACCACGCCGCCGCCCACACAUCACCACCUCACCUACCGCUUCAGCCGCAGCCCCGCCGGCUGUACGUGA